AAAACCACCUUCAUGUCACUAGGCUGAAUGGGAACAUUUAAAUAAAAAUAUGUUUAGGCGUGUUAAUGCUAGUUGGCUCGAAUUUCUAACAGUUUCUACAGAUUUAGUCUAUGUAGUAUAAAAUGGACUAGUUUGCAUAAAGAGGCACCUCUUUUAGCGCUCCUCCCUGAUGACUUGACAGAACAUUGCCGAUUUUAAAUACAGUACUGUACAGCCAUUUCAAACUUUACGUAACAUACACCAUAGCUGCAGUGCUGCUGCAGCUUUAACUGUCACAUAUAGGCGGCACAGCCAAUCUCAGAGAAGCGCUUUUCAAGUCUACGCGGAAAUGAAUUCUCUCAAUUACAAGAUUCAUUCUAUAUUUAAAAUGACAUUUUCUUUUUUUGUGAUCAAAUGUUUAUAACUGAAACUAUGAAAGUACAUAACAUACAUGUGACGAUCAUUUUAAAUAUAUAAAAGUAAACACAAGGUAGAUAAAACGGAAUACCAGUGCACACGCGGGAAACCUACUUCACAGUGACAGGACGCGAUUCAAAGUUGGGGCAACGGAUCAAAGUUUGAGAAGACAACACACUUAACUAUGGGGAUACGCGUCACAAAAAUACUAUCUGGAUCAAACAUGUGUAACCAAAAUGGAACGACGAAGCUAGAACGUAACACUGCUGUGGACAGCUCUCAGGACGGAGACCGAGGUGCCUGGAGCCACGGGUUCGAAUUUACCCUGGCAUGCAUCGGAGCCGCGGUGGGACUGGGCAACGUGUGGCGAUUCCCGUAUCUGUGCUACAGGAGUGGAGGAGGGGCUUUUCUCAUUCCAUACCUUGUGAUGCUGCUUUUGUGUGGGAUUCCUCUACUUUUUAUGGAGUUUUCCAUUGGUCAGUACACUCGCCUGGGACCAGUGCAUGCAAUGGCCAAAAUCUGCCCACUUUUAAAAGGUGUUGGAGUGGCAACUGUGGCAAUUUCCUUCAUACUCUGCACCUACUACAAUGUGAUUAUCACUUGGGCCCUCUAUUACCUGUUCAACUCGUUCCAGUCGACAAUGCCUUGGCAGACCUGCAACAAUACAUGGAACAUACCAGAAAACUGCUCCAGUGGCUUUCCAGGCAAUGCCACCCACCUACAAUCAGCCAGCCAGCAGUUCUUUGAUCGGAAUCUCUUGCGGAAGACUGAUGGAAUUGAUCAGAUUGGGAAGAUGCGCUGGGAACUAUUUGGUCUCCUAAUACUUUCUUGGGUUAUUGUCUACCUGUGCAUCUUUAAAGGAGUCCACUCGACGGGAAAGGUUGUCUACUUUUCAGCCACCUUUCCCUACAUAAUAUUGAUUGGUUUAUUAAUUAACAACACCCAGCUACCUGGUGCAAAAAAUGGAAUCCUCUAUUUCAUAUCGCCAAACUGGUCAAAAUUAUCAGAGAUUCAGGUCUGGGUGAAUGCAGCAGCUCAGAUCUUCAACUCUAUUGGCAUCAGUUUUGGCCAAAUGAUCUCAAUGGCAAGUUAUAACAAAUUUAACAACAACAUUCUCAGGGACACCCUGAUUGUCUCCCUUACCAAUUCAGUUACCAGUAUCUUUGCUGGUUUUGUCAUUUUCUCUGCUAUUGGCUACAUGGCGCACAUUCAUAAUCUGCCGGUUGACAAUAUAGCUACUGACGGUCCUGGCCUUGUCUUUGUUGUUUACCCAGAAGCCUUUACUACCAUGCCACUGGCAUCCAUGUGGGCAGCCCUGUUUUUCUUUAUGUUACUUUGUCUAGGAAUAGACAGCCAGUUUGCAAUGGUUGAAGUGAUGGUGACCAGUCUUACGGACAGUUUUGGAAAGAGUCUACUGAAAGUCCUACGAAGGAAAGAGUUGCUGGUCAUGGUGGUGUGUUUUGUGGCCUUUGUUCUUGGGAUACCCAAUGUUGCAGAGGGAGGAAUAUAUGUCUUCCAGCUCCUGGAUCACUACACUGCUGUUGUCUCCCUCAUGUUCCUAGCUUUCUUUGAAGUCACUGCAGUCUGCUGGAUUUUUGGUGUGUCUCGCUUGUCCCAUAUUGUUAAUAAGAUGCUUGGAGCUCCACCUAACAUUUUCUUCAAAGUUUGCUGGGCCGUGAUUUCCCCACUACUGGUCAUGACAAUCCUGAUCUCCAGUAUAAUACAGUACAGUCCAGCACGCUAUGGAAAGGACUACACCUACCCAGCCUGGGCUGAAGUGCUGGGCUGGUUUAUUUCUCUGAGCUCCAUUAUCUGGAUCCCUCUUGGAGCACUGCACACCCUCUACACUCUACCAGGAUCUCUGUGGCAGCGGCUGAAGCUGUCAUUGUUGCCUUGUGAUGAGUUCUUCGGUCCCCUGAAGAUGCCCACAUCCUCCAGUCAGUUGACAGCUUUGACACAGCCAAUUGAGAAUACCCCUCUUACACUGCAGGAAAGCCCAUUGUGAGUGACCCCUCUGGACAGAGUGCCCCACUCCACCAUUCUUCUACAAUUCUCUUUUUUCCUGAAAUGGACAGUUUUUUGUGUUAAUUUUAUUUUGAAAAAGGUUAUCAUGUGAAGGAGUGGGUAGAUCUGCUGUUGUGAAGAGGAGGAACAGACAUACCUAGCAGGGUGUGCUGAAUUCCAGGCUUGGACCACACUGCUUCGCCAACUCUAGGUGCUACUCUGUGUGCCACAGGUGACAGCAAUCCAUCCCCAAAGUCUAACCUUACUAUAGUGAACACCAUCCCAAGAUGUAACACUUGUGUUUGUAUUGCUACAGUCGGGGCACAGAAGUUGACAGCAUUGAGUCAAAGGUGGGGUCUGAACUGGCAGCUUUUUGUUAAUAUUGUUUUGUUAUGUUUGUCUGAUGUCUUUCUCCAAUGUGACUUACAGAAUUAGGCUAUACAAAUUUUGUACAGUCCAGUGCCUUAGCCACUAAGCUGCACUAAUUUUAGAAUUUACCAAAAAUAAUUAUAAUAACAAAAAAGAACAGCAUGCCAUUAGCAGUAGCUGCGCUUAGGAAGGGGAAAAAGGGAAAAGAGUUUUAAAAAUGCAUUUACCUUUCUUUACAUUUUGCCCUCUAGUGGAGCCCUCUAGUGGAUAUUAUUAUAUAGUAAAAGUAAAGUCAUCUAUAGUAAUGUUCCUCUUGGCUUCACACUUACAUUUUCACGUGGUUUUAAAGCAGUUUCACACUAUUUAUUUAAUGGGACAAAAUUCUUAAACCGUCCUUAUUUUCAUUUGUAUAAUGUUAUUUAUUUAUAUUUGACUGACACUUUUUUCCAUGGUGACUGACAACAUUUGAGAUUCAAUUGGUUUACAUUUCUUUUGCCCUUCCUAUUUGAGCUGGGGCAGGUGAAGUUAGUAGCAGGGUUUGAAGUCCAAAGCCUUAACCACUACACCACAUUGCCUGCCUUUGCAAUGUAUUGUGUGCAUGUUAGAGCAGUGGAGCAGCAUUAGAGCACUGGGCUAAAACCUGGGGCCAUCUGUAGUUUUGUGCACUUUACAUGUUCUUCCAGUGUCUGUGUUGGAUUUUUCCCUCCCUGAGUAAACUGACUAUCCUGCCAAGUUCCAAAAAUGAACAUGUUAGGUUAACUGAUAACUCUAAUUAUUCCCACAUAAGUUAGCAUGAGUGUGCCCUGUAAUGGACUGACAUCCUGCUCAGAGCUGGUUUGCACCUUGCACACAGUCCUGCCUGACUUUGCACUGGAUUAAGUGGAUUUAAUAACAAAGGAAGGGCUGGAUGGUGAUCACAACAAUUAAUAUCUCCACAUUCUGUCUAUUUUGUGCCUAGCCUUCAGAUAACCACUCAAUUUCUAUCAUCUAUUUAUUUCUUACAUUGCAAUGAUACUUCUAAGCAGAAAUGCAUAGGGACCUUGACUUGUUAUUAUCAUGAUUAAUAAAAAGGAGACCUUUUGUGUUUU